AUGUCUUCAACACCGAGAGGGGGACCUUUCUCCUUCCACGUCGCAGCUUCUUUCAUCGGAAAGGACCGCCGCUACGAUCCCUCGACACACGUAUUUCAUUUCAACCCCUACAACCGUAUCCAACAGACAAAGCACAACAAGCGCUCCCGCCCAGACAGCGGUCACGAUGCCUUCUUCGUCAGCCGCGUCGGUGACACUGGCUCCGUCGCCCUCGGCGUUGCAGACGGCGUAGGCGGAUGGGUCGACUCGGGCGUGGACCCAGCCGACUUUUCGCCCGGUCUCUGCGAGUACGUCGCCUCAGCAGCCUACGAAUACGACCCUUCCGCUACCAAUCCGUCUGCGAAGACCGCUCCAUCCGCGCCGGCGGCAGCACCCGCCUGCGUCGCCGUCGCCGAUCCGAGCGGCUCCAUCGACAUUGCGAACCUAGGCGACUCUGGCUUCGUACAACUGCGCCUCGGCGCCGUGCACGCCGCCUCGGAGCCCCAGACCCACGCCUUCAACACCCCCUUUCAGCUCUCCGUCGUACCUCCCUCUGUCGCCGCACGCAUGGCAGCCUUCGGCGGCGCCCAACUCAGCGACUUCCCCCGCGACGCUGACGUGUCCCGCCACGGCCUCCGUCACGGCGACGUCCUCAUCUUCGCCAGCGACGGCGUCUGGGAUAACCUCUUCAACCAGGACAUCCUGCGGGUCGCGAGCCGCGUCAUGGCCGGCGCCGGCGCCUGGGUCACGGCUGCCGAGGGCGAAGCAGAGAACGGCGGCACCCGCGUCAUCGACGACCUCGCCUCUCUGACCGAGCAGCAGCAGAAGACGACGUCCAAGUCGGCCGUCACCCUGCAGAGCGUCCUGGCCACCGAGCUCGUCGCCGCCGCCAAGGCCGCCAGCGUCAACAGGAAGCUGGACGGGCCGUUUGCCAAGGAGGUGCAAAAGUGGUACCCACACGAGAACUGGCGUGGUGGCAAGGUCGACGACAUUGUCGUCGUCGUCGCCAUCGUGUCAGACGACAGCAAGGCUGCGCCGCCCAAGAGCAAACUCUAA